AUGAUGCCUGACUACGAGAAAUACGACUUGGGUGACUUCAAAUUGCAAGGCGGUGGUGUUUUGCAGGGGGCUUGGAUUGCAUACAAGACGUUUGGGAAUAGUGGUUCUCCAGCAAUCCUGUACCCUUCAUGGUAUUCCGGUGCCAUAGCAGACAAUGAGUGGUUGAUAGGUGAAGACAAGGCGCUGAACCCGAAGAAUUACUUCAUCAUCAUAACCGCUCUGUUUGGAAAUGGCCAGUCGAUCUCUCCAAGCAAUUCAGAAAUAUCGCCGUUCCCAGAUGUGACAUUCUACGACAAUGUCAAGGCUCAACAUCAGUUGUUGACUCAGAAGCUGAACAUCUGCCAUCUGCGUAUGGUUACCGGAUGGUCCAUGGGUGCUGCUCAGUCUUUUCAGUGGGCGACACAAUAUCCAGAUUUCAUGGAUAUCGCCGUUCCAUUCUGUGGCUCGGCGAAGACCUCCAUCCAUAAUCAGGUCUUCCUUGAAGGAGUCAAGUCUGCCCUCUUAGCCGCUAAAGGAGUCUCGUCUGCCGGAAGUACAUAUGGGAGAGCCGAGACUAAAGGCUCGGAGAAACGGACCUGGAGCGAAGAAGAAAAAACCGUUGGAUUGAAGGCGUUUGGCAGAGGGUAUGCUGGUUGGGGAUUUAGUCAGGCAUUCUAUCGACAUAGGCUUCAUGAGAAGAAUUAUGGCGCCAAAGACCUUGAAGAUUUCAUGGUCACAUUCUGGGAGGCAUGGGCACUCAGUAAAGACCCAGAAAACCUUCUGGUCAUGUUGCAUACCUGGCAAGCUGGAGAUGUCAGUCUACAAGAGCCGUACAAUGGCAACUUUGAGAAGGCAAUGGCAAGUAUCAAGGCAAAAACCCUCGUCCUCCCCAGCAAGACAGAUUUGUACUUUCCGCCAGAAGACUCUGAGUACGAAGUAGAGAACAUGUCGCCUGGGAUCGGGAGUCUGGAUGUUUACCCAUCCAUUUGGGGCCACUGGGCAGGGGGACCACCCGGGAAUCAAGACGACGUAAAGUGGCUCGAUGAGAGACUUACAAGGUUGCUCAAUGAGGCGCCACAGUUGAACAAGAAACAUUCUCUAGUUGCCAGACCAAAGGUUUGA